UAUAAAUAAACUCUCUUCUCUUCCUCAGUUUCUCAUCUUGACAAGUUACAGUUAAGGCAAUAUCAGCAGCACAAUUAGAAAAUUAAUAUAUCAUUUUUACCGGCUUGUGCAUGCAUUAAGCUCACGAGAAAUAUGUAUGUAUAGAAAAGAGUUUUGUCAUGAUCAAAGAAGUUGAAGUUCGAUAAUUUUUAAUGCUUGAAGUUCAACAAUUUGAAAAACUCUUUUGGAAAGAAAGAAACUAGAAUUAAUGUUGCUCCCACAAGUGAUUUGAACUGCUGAGAUCAAGCAAGUAAAACUAUUAUAUAAUAAACAUUGAUAACCAGCCUCCUAAAUUUUUCAUCAAUCUCACUAUUGUAGAAAGAUGCCAAGCACGCGCACCGAAUCAAUCACAAAUGUGGAGCCAGUCAUGAACAUUCUUAAGGUAGCUGACCACCCAAAAGUCGUAGUAAUGGGAGCUGCUGGUGUUGGCAAAACUUCAAUUGUGUGUCAGUUUCUUUAUGAGAGAUUCCCUCUUGAUCAUAUCCCAACAGUGGAAGAGAUGCAUAAGACUGUUUACGAUAUCUCUGGCUCUAAGUUGUCUUUGGAUCUUUUAGACACAAGUGGCUCCUUCCAGUUCCCAGCUAUGAGAGAGCUGGCUAUUAAAACCUGUGAUGCUUUCGUUUUGGUCUACGCCAUCAAUGAUGCUGAGUCUUUCCAAUAUGUCUGCUUCUUGAGAGAUCUCAUUUAUGAAUUACGUCCAAAUGAAACGAAGAUUCCAAUUGUCAUUGUUGGCAACAAGUGUGACCUAGAAGAGUCCAGAGCUGUUUCCAAAGACAUUACCGAAUCGGUGGUCACAAUCGACUGGGAAAAUGGCUUUGUGGAAGCAUCCGCAAAAGAAAAUUUCAAUAUCGUGGAGAUAUUCAAAACUGUCCUCAUUCAAGCACAUGUCUGCUAUUCUUUGGUACCAUUAAUUGAGAGAAGAAAGUCUUUGCCAAACAGCUCUACUUGCCCCCAAGUGAGGCAUACUUUGGUUCAAAAGCGCCACAGUUGCACCAUCCAGUAAUAUCUCCUUUUCCUCCCUCAUCUAUGGCGUAAAGUGAUAUGUGAUAAUAAGUAUUUGUGAUUUUGAAUUCUUCACAAACAAUUUGUAUUUAAACUCAUAUUUAUUGAAUAAAUGUGCAGGAAUGGUGCUCUGAAUAAUUAUAUUAUAUUAUAUACUUGAAUUCACAAAGUCUUCUAAUCAGGAAAAAAUAAAUAAAGACAACUUAAUUUUUGUCCCAAUUUUUACUAUUCAAAUGUUUCCUGCUAGAAAGUUUUGCAAGAAUUUUUUUUUUUACUCUUAGUUUUUCAAAGCUAUGUCAUUUUGUGUUCGCAAUUAGAAUUUAAAGGAAGUUAAAUCAAAUUUUUUAGAGCUGCCUUUUAACACGAUGUUUAUAAAUAUUUUUGCUUUUCAAUAUGAGAGUGAUAUAUGAGAUAAUACCAUGGUCCUCAAUAUUUAGUGACAAUUCUUCUCUUCCAAGGUCUCAUCUAUAUGCUUUCUGUCUCUUUAUCAUGUUUAUUUUUAAAGAGUAUUGAAUAGCAUUGAUAUUUAUUCUGGUUAAUAUUGUUUUCUUAAUCCAAGUAAAAGAUUUGAAUGUUUGGAGAAGCUAUUCAAGAAACAUUUAAGUUUGGAUUAAAAACAUUUUGAAUUCAUCCAACUUAACAAUGGGAGUGUAUUAAAAAUAUGCUUUCCUAAAUUAGUACUGUUAUUAACAUCUUUUUUUCCCCAUCCAGUUAAUUUGUUAAGUGAAUUACAUUUUUAAACGUCUCAAAAUGUGAAAAACAAAUCAAAUGAAUUCCAUGCCUUACAUUCAUAUGAAGCAUAAUUUGUAAGCAAUUGAAGUAAAAUUUCUUUUCAACCUAAAGUAUAGGAGUAGGAGAGAUAAAGUGAUCUAUCUUCACCUUAUUUCAAUUAUUAUUGCAUUAAUUACAAUUCGCUGUUAUCUUAGAUUUAAGUUAUGAAAUAAGUUUAGCAUACAAGAAAUGCAAAAUUUGACAGAAAACAACUUACCUGUUUAUUUCUUCAUCAGCUUCAAAUGGUUGCGCCUUAUAAAACUUCUCACCUGUGAAUUGUUUUAUUUUUCAUAACCCUGAUAUAAUGGAGGUAGUUUCACAAAUUUAUCAAUAUUUUCCGUUUGGGAUUAAUAUUUUGCAGAGAUUUAAGAAUUAAAGAGGAAUUUUACUUAAACAUUUACACACAUUUUCUAAAUAUUAUAGUAGUUUUAAGGCAGAAGAAAAGCAGCACUAUUGCUCAAAAUCUAAAAAUCAAUAACUAACAUUGUCUUUUUAUUAUAAUAUUGACAGGUUUGCUAUGAAAUAAAAUACAAACCUUUCUGAAGGAAAUAUUUUGUUGUUUUUGUAGAGUUUAAUAACAAUUAUUUUUUAUCCAGAAAAUUAUUUUAAGAAUUAAAUAUAAGCUGAAGAAAUAUGAAAGUAAAGAAAGAAUCCUACAAACUGAUAUUAGUAGUUAAAAGUGAACCCAGCUUCCAUUAAAUCAGGUAUUGUUUGUUAAUAAUUAUUUUUAUUUUUCACGCUUUAAACUAACUAAAGAAGACCUAAAAAAAAUUUCUCAAAAUUCUUCAAAUAUUUUGAAAGCAUAAAAAAAAUUACAAAUUUUAAGCUUAUUUUUUCGUUAUGAUCACUUUACCACACUAUAUAUUUUUUUUCUAAGUAUUGAUAAAAAUGAGACAUACGUAAAAGAAAGGGUAUAAAAUAAAUAAAUGCUUCCUAAAACGUUUGUAUUGUGUUUUAAAAGACUGCAAUAGAAGCAAAAUAAGUUUAAAUUUUAUUUUUGAUUAUUUCUUUUGGUAAGGAUUCAGAAAAUAAUAAUAAAAAUAAAUGCUAUUUUUAUGACGAAAUUGUUCCACCUGACCUUAAAAUUCAGGCAGCUUGGUAGAAGGAUCUGAAAGGAUGUUGCUCUUUAAUAUAUCUACAGAUGACGCAAACAAAAACAAAGAUAGGCACGGAAUAAUAAGUAUAAAUGAGAAUGGAAAACUUUUGUUCAGAGCAUUUUAUGAAGAAUUUUAUUUUAGAAAGUUAAAAAACUUGGAAAAAAAGUUUGUUCAUAGUGAAGUUGAAGAAACACCUGACACAAGUGUAAUUGAUUAAAAAAAAGUAGUGCUAAAUUAAUACCUUCGUAUUAAAUUUAAAUACAAUUAAAAAUCUCUUUUUUUUCACAUUUAAAAAGAAAUAACAAAAAAUAUUAUUAGAUAAUGAUAUUACUAAACAAUUGAUAACAUAUAUUAAUAGUUUGUCUCAUAACUUUUUGUCCAGUACGUAUAAAAUGUGUGAUUAGGUCACAGAAUUAGAUUUGAUAAGUAUUUCAUUAAAAUAAUUUGUAUAGAUAUGGCUCACAAUAUGUAAAUGUUUAUUAAAAAUUUAAGUAUUUUUUGAUGCAUCCAAUUAAAAUGGACAGAAUUGAGCUAUUGAAAGAUAGAAACUUUCUUACAUCAUUUCAAAUUAUUUAACAUGAGGUUUAAUAUUUAUAUUCUCAUAUUGAUACACAAACACAUCUAUUGCAGGUAUAACUGUGUGGGUAAAAAAUGUGGUUAUAUCUUUUCGUGCAUAUUUUUUUCAUUUACUGGUCACUAUAUCUUCCGGGAUAUCAAAGGUUUCAUCCUUGACUUUCUAUAAAAGCUGAAAGAUUUAAAAGCUUCUUUGACUCUUUGCUGUUUAUUAUUUGCAAUAGAGUAUGUUCAUAAAUUUUUAAUCUUUCCUUUCAUAAAUUUAUACUAUUUGCUAUGCAGAAUAAUUUGUAAUUUUAUUCAGGGUUUCAGAAGUCGAUAAUAUAGAAACUAAAUCGAAUACCACAAAGCAGAUUUCGUACUAAAUACAUAGAAAAAGUCAUCUUAUUUACUCCUUUUUCAAGUGUUUCAAUCUCUAACGAAAGUUCAGCCGAUAUACAUUAAUGCAACAGUCCAGUUCCAGAAUCACUCUGUUCCAUCAACCGAAUUAUUAAUUCCAGUAACUAAAGCAUUAGCAGAAGGUGUGAUUCUUUCACAUAGUUCUGAUAAAUCACAUAUCAAAGGUAAGAAAACUAGGUCUUUUAUAUAGACCCACAAUAUUAAGUCAUGUGUAUUGACAAUAAACUAGUACUAAGGCUGGUACGAACUGGAUUAACACAAUGAUGUAUGAUGUGAGACCACAGGUUCAUACUUAGAACAUGGAGGGUUCAAAAUAAAACUUCAAUUGUUUCUGUAUUAAGUGUAAGGUUUGUUUUUUGUUGUAUUCUUUUUAGUUUUUUACUGUAGACUUCUGACAAUUUAGAAGAAAUUAGGAAUACCCAUACAUUGCAUUACUCUUUUACAAUAUUCAAAACCUCAAUAAAAAUAAUUACAUUAAGUUUUGCAAUAUUUAAAUAUUUUAUUCUUAACUAUGUUCAAUAUUUGAAUCAAAAAAAUUUGUCCACUUAAUUUUUUAAGUGCAUCUAAUUGUCUUGAAAAAGUAUUUUGGCAUUUAAAAUUUGUAUUUAAAUUUUUUUUCAUAAGAAAAUUUUGUAAAGUAUCUGCAAAUCUAUAAUUGCGUAGUAAAUUUAUUAUUAUUUCCUUUUUUUUUAAUCCAAAGCAUUGACAGCAUUGAAAAAAUAUUAUAAGCAUAAGUCAAUUUCAAUACAUAGUCUAAAAUUUCAGGUAAUUAAAUUAUAUUUAGAUAAAAUUAUACAGUUAGUUUCUUGAAAGUACUUAUAUUUUUUUAAAAAUUCAAGAUGCAUAGUUCAUAGUAUUUACAUUCUCAUUAUUUUUAAAUAAAUAUUUUUUGUUAUUUGUUUGUAACUAAUAAAAAGAGUAUAUUUUAGGGUCACAUUUUUAAAUAUGUACAUUAUUAAACUAACCUUGUAAUUUCUAUAAAAAUGUGAUAAAUUUUCCACAUUGUACCAUUUUUGCAACCAAUUAUAAAUGAUAAACACAUUUUAAGAUAAGUAUUUGUAAAAAAAAACAAAUCCAGUUUAAAAAAACAGUGUGAUAAAAUUGUGUAAAAGUGAUUUUUUUUUCUUCUUUGACCACUUUUGUAAUUAUGUAAGACUAACACAUUUUAUGACAAGUAUUUCUAAACAAUUUGAUAAAUUCAAAAAGUAAAAUAAUUUACUGAAGUUAAGAAUAAUUGAUAAUCAUUUCCGAUAAAUAUACAUUUUUUAUAUUACUAUAUAAUGAAUAAUGGUAAAUGCUCUAUAAAAUGAUAUGACUCAUAUGAAAUUCAAUUUUUAUGAAUGCAGCAUAAAUUGUAAGCAUCUUAUACCAUUAUUUGUGUAAUCCUUAGCAUAUUUAUGUUUUAAAUAACUCUGUAUAGUGAUGUUUCAUUUGUAAAAUGUGAUACUUGUACACUUUAAUAAUGUUUUCAUUUAAAAAAAUGUAAUUUCUCUCAAUUAAUAAAUCUCUUACGUGUAAA